GUUGCCACGACAGGGCCGUGCUGCUCUACGAGUACGUGGGCAAGCGCAUCGUGGACCUGCAGCACACGGAGGUGCCAGACGCCUAUCGAGGAAGAGGAAUCGCCAAGCACCUCGCCAAG